UAUGAGAAUUUUCUCUUUUCUUUCGCCUAAAGGAAGUGUCUUAGGACAAUUAAUAGCAAGAGAUGCAGCGGGCGAUAAUCCGGUCUUUUAUAGUAUAUCAGCUGAUGUUAUCGACCUACUCAGCGUCGACAGAGAUUUGGGUACGGUGAAAUUAUUGAGGAAAUUAGAUAGAGAAACUAAAGCUGAAAUUCCAGUUACAUUUUUCGCUGAAUCUAGAGAUGGUUUACGUUCACCUGUAGCUUAUUCUAUUAAAGUAUUAGAUGAAAAUGACAAUGCUCCCACUUUCAUUGGUGCACCAUACACGACGUCGAUUAGCGAAUCAAUGGAUUUGGGCGACCCUGUUUUUACCGAGAUUAGAAUUCGUGAUGAUGACGAGGGAAAGAAUUCUGAAAUUACAUUAACUUGCGAUAAUUCUCGUUUAGAUACAACCUGUGAUAUCUUUGAUUUGAAGCUUAAUAGCCUAGGAGUGGGUGACUAUAGAGGAACAGUAAUUCUUCGGAAAAAAAUUGACUAUGAAAAACAGAAAAAAUAUCGUAUAAAAUUGACUGCUAGGGAUGGAGGCUCUCCUACACAAAAAACAACUAUAGAGCUGCUAGUAAACGUACAAGACGAGCAAGACACUCCCCCGCGUUUCUUAAAUACUCCUUUAUCACUUAUAGUAAGUGAAAAUCUACCAAAGUCAUCUAGCGUUGGAAGAAUUAUGGCAAUGGAUCAAGAUACCGAUCAACCUAACGCUAUAAGGUUUUUCAUCAGCGAUGAUUCAGAAGGUCAUUUCGAAGUUAGCACCUAUCAAAAAGAUUCUCAAGACAAUUAUUAUUACGCGGAUAUAUUGACAAGAAAAUCAUUCGACAGAGAAAAUAUGAGUGACGUUGUGUAUGACUUUAUUAUUACGGCACAAGAAAUUCGAGGUAAUAGUAUCGGAGCAUCCGAAAGCACGAAAGUGAUUGUUCUUGUGACUGAUAGCAACGACAAUUAUCCAAUAUUCAAUAGGAAAGAAACGGAGAUUAAAGUUUCAGAAAAUAUGGAACUCUACGACACAGUAAACGACCUAAAUGUAACUGUCACCGACCGAGAUCAAGGCCCGAACUCUUUAAUCGAAAUUUCUGGAAAUAGUACAGUUUUUAUUGAAUAUCCUCGAAUAAUACAAGGAAGUGGAGCUAUAUCAUUGAGGGUGUUUAGACCUACUGUAUUAGACUACGAAAGGCCAGGAGCAGCUCAUACUAUACCAAUACUAUUGACUGCAAGAGAGUUAAAUACAAAAGAGAGAUACUCUUCAACUUGUAUAGUGACCGUUCAUGUCAUUAAUGAAAAUGACAAUUCACCGGUAUUCUCAGCUAAAAACUACUCAGUAUCGAUCAGGAAGGAUAGACAGAAAGGCGAUGAAUUGAUUACAGUUUCCGCUACAGAUAAGGAUGAGGGAAAAUUUGGUAGAAUUACAUAUUCUUUUCUUCCUUCUCCCUUGACAAAUCUAUUUCAAAUAAAUGAACUAAAUGGAGAAAUUUUGGUUAGUAAAUCAUUAAAAGGCCUGGAGAAUACAAUUUUAUAUGUCCAAGCAAGAGAUGGAGGGGGGAGAACUGAAAAAGUCCCAUUGUUUUUAACAAUCCUAAUCGACGAUCCCUUGGCUCCGGAAUUCGAAUACGAUUCAUAUUUUACAACGGCCGAGGAGGGUACUCGCAUUUUAAGUCCUCCCGUGACCGUUUCUGCAUCAAAAAGAAACACUAAGAAAGAUCCUGUUAACUACUUUUUUCGAACCUCGGUCGGAGAUUUUUUUUUCUUAAACCGUACUUCUGGAGAAUUAGGCAUAUCAUCACCUUUACCGUAUCCAGAAACCGGAAGCUAUCUUAUAACGAUAGGAGCUCGUCACGGAAUUGAGAACGUGACAAGUUUCGUAAAUGUUACAAUUAUAGUUCGUAAUGUCAAUGAUAAUUCACCGAUCUUCACUAAAAAUUUCUAUCAAACAAGUGUAUCCGAAUUAGCUGCACCUGGUACUACAGUAAUUCAGAUUGAGGCAAGCGACGAUGACGUGGGAGAAGAUGGAAAAGUUACCUAUUAUAUUGAGUCCGGAGGCAAAGACAACUUUCGGCUAAAUUCCACAACUGGUAUAUUGACUGUAUCGGACAUGUCUCGUCUGAAUAGAGAAAACUUUGGAGAAGAAUAUAUUUUAACUAUAAUUGCUACGGAUGGUGGCUCACCAUCUCGGACAUCGAGUUCUUCCGUGUCAAUACAAGUCCUGGAUGAAAAUAAUCAAGCUCCAAAAUUUUCCCAGGACAUCUACUUCUCUUCCCUUUCCCAAGAUGCUUCGAAGGGAACUCUAGUGGCGACUGUAUCUGCUACCGACUCUGAUCUAAACGCUGAUGUUCAGUAUACUAUUAUACCAUCUCAAUUUCGUGCAAAGAACCUUAAUGGUCAAGAAUUCGAAUUGCCUUUCAAUUAUGACUCAUUCGAGUUACGUACUAAUGGUCAGGUAUUUGUAAAGGAGGAUUUAAAUAAUCCUACUUUAUCGGAAAUAUCCUUUCUGAUCGAGGCUAGGGAUUUGAAUGGUAUAGAACCAGAAAAACAGAUUGCAACCUCCAAGGUUGUCGUGUCUUUGGAACGGCCCAAAGAUAAAAGAGUAAUAUUUGACAGUCCACUCACAUAUACAAUAAAAGAGGAAGAGCCACUGAAAACAGAAAUUUUCACAAUAGCAGCUCGAAUUAUUGGGGAUCCUAUGGGAGGUCUUCUUUAUGAAAUUUUACCAGAUACUGAUCCACAUAGUUAUUUUAAAAUUGAUCAGUAUACCGGCAGAGUAGAGAUACGGAAACGAAUCGAUUACGAGGAAAUAAAAGGAAGAAAGCGUAUAACUUUUCAAGUAUCAGCGUACGGCAAAAUUUUAAAUGAAACAGUGAGGGGCGUAGCGAAUAUAAUGGUUAACAUUGAUGAUGUUAACGACAAUGUCCCAAUUUUUACGAAAGAUAGAUAUGUCUUUCUUGUAAAAGAAGAUGUUUCAUCAGCGUUACAAUUGGGCAAAGUGACAGCAAUCGACAAGGACGAGGGAAAGUAUGGUGAGGUCCAAUAUUCAAUCGCCAAUAGUCACGAGAAGUUUGCAAUAGACCCGCUGACGGGUGCUGUUUUCUUGAAGUCUGGUUUUAGCUUAGACAGAGAAACGAAAGAUUCCUAUGCUUUUAUAGUUCAAGCAAUCGAUAAUUAUGAACAACCUGAGUUUUUGACAAGAAAAACAUCUGUAUUGGUGGUUGUCAAGGUAACAGACAGUAAUGACAAUGCUCCUCAAUUUACGCAAUCCAAAUAUGCCGUAUUCAUUGUAAAUACGGUACCAAUUGGUUAUACAGUAAUAAAGCUGAAGGCAACAGACAAUGAUGAAGGAUUAAACGCUGAAGUGCGUUACGAACUAGUUCCAAAUGAAGAUUUAAUAUUUAGUCGAGAGGCUGUCGUGAUCAACGAACAAACGGGAUCGAUCACUACGAAGGACUUGCUGAAUACAUAUACAAGAUCUAAGCCUUACUUAUUAAAAUUCCGAGCAUCAGAUUCGGGAACACCAAUGAAAUCUGCGGUGGUCGAAGUGGAAGUUACAGUCAGUAAUGGAGCAAUAAAUGACGGCUUUCCGAAAUUUAUUAACCCACCGUCUGACGGAAAAACAAUAAAUAUAAUUGAGGAGCCAAAAAAUAAUACUAGUAUCAUACUUCUGAAGGCAGAAGCUUUUGGUAGCGAUGGGCUCAGUAUACCAAUCGAAUAUUCAUUAUUACCCAUUCUCUCCUCAAACAACUACGUAAUUGUUGACCCUGUAACUGGACAUGUUACUACAAAUGUGUUACUCGACAGAGAAGAGAUCCCAGAAUUUCAAGUGGUUGCCAUUGCAACAACUGUAGAUAAUCGGAAGAGGGAGGCCAGAAGGUCUUUUUGGGUUAAACUUAUCGACAAGGACGAUAAUUUUCCUUCUAUUAAAGAGUGUGACCGUGUUCCCGUUAAUGAUCCAUUGAAUAUUAGAGUUAAAGAAAAUCGGCCACCGGGCAGUGAAAUCACAAAAAUAAAAGCUUGCGAUCCUGAUAGCGCACCGAACAAUGCUAUUUACUAUUACAUGACUUGCGGAGACACAGAAAAAUUUGAAGUCGACCAAUCGACUGGAGUAGUUAGAAAUUUGAAGAAACUCGAUAAAGAGGAUAAGGCCUCUUAUAAAAUAUGCGUAAAAGUGAGUCCCAAUGCAAAUAGGACUUUUUCUGGUGGAAGUCCAUCGAAAACCGUUAAAAGAAAUGAUGAAAUAACGUUAAUAAUUAAUUUAGAAGAUAUAGAUGAAUUUGGUCCAGAAUUUGAUAAAUCUGAAAUAUUUUCAACGGGGUUAAAUGCUGUUUCACCUCCUGGUACGGAGAUUUUGAAAUUAACAGCUUCCGAUAAGGAUGGAAUUCUCUCAGCUAAAUUUCAAAUAGAGGAAGUAAAAUUCGAUGGCCGUACGAUAAAAGGUGCCAUAGGAAUUAAUGAGAAAACCGGUCAAAUAUAUACACUUCUUGCUAACUACUACGAAUUCGCUGGUGGUGAAUUUCAGGUGAAAGUAAAAGUAAUCGAUGAAAAAGGACGUGCAGAUAAGACUUUAGUAACAAUUCAUAUAUACAGACCUAGUGAAACUGUGAAGUUUAUCUUUAAUGACGUUCCGGAAAAUGUUUUAUCUUACUUGAACAACUUUUUCAGCGAAUUAGAAAAUACUGAGACUGGACUUGCAGUUUCCGCUACAGACGCUCAAAUUUAUCACUCGAGGAAUGAUUACACCAAAACUACUGUUUGCGUUCCACUUGUGAAGAAUAAAGUUACUCUUUCCUUAUCGGACGCCCUAUCCAUCGCUGAAAAGAGCUCGUUAAAGCCCAUCUAUAAGAAAUAUAACGUAAUAAAAAGAGAGAGAUGCAUUCAGCGUUUGACGACAUCUAGCUGGGAAAGUAAAUCGUAUUUGUGGUGGAUUCUAAUAGCCCAAGCUUGCGUUAUCGCAAUUCUAUCGGUUCUAGCUAGUGUCACUUUGGAACGUUCCUACCUAUCCUUCCGAAGACGAUUAAGGGAAUUAAAUGAAUUCCCUCCGUCAAAGUCUAUGUAA